UGCUGUGCAAAAACAAUCAAUUUGGUUAUUAUCGGUUCAAAAAAAAAAUUAAGCUAAAACUCAACAGAAGGGCCCCAUGGCGCACCGUCACUACCGCCGCUACUGUCUCUUUAAAUUUACCCAGGAGCCCCUAAAGGAGCCCCAGGGGCCCCUAGCUCGGCUCUCCACCCUGAAGACAAGCAGAACAUCUAAAUACAAACAGAAGACCGCAUAAAGUCACCGAGCAUUUGACAGAUAUCUCCUCCAACUUGGAGCCAAACGCGACGUGCACCGUCACGCAAAGUUAAGUUUACUUAAACAGCAGAAAAGCAGAGCGGUGGAGGCUUCAGUGCAGACACAGACACUGCACACACUGUAAUGGGCGAGUGCGCGUUUCAGAUAUUUAGUCAGCCACCCGACGAAUGCAUCUACGAAAUCCUUCGGUCGUGACAUUUCUACGUACAAAAGGUGCGUAUCCUGUACGUUAACACGGCACAGCACAGGUAUGGAUGAAGCGGAGUCGGUGCACAAAGCUGAGCAGACAGAAUCGCGCUCAUUAAUAAUAAAAGCCGAGGAAGAGGAGGCGACAUCGCAGCGGGGGCUCUUGGGGGACCACUCAGCAGGUGAAGAGGAAGUGACCAAUGGCCUCACAUCUGAUGCUAUUCAGGAUGGUCCCGUCUCCUCUGUUUGCUCUCCAGGCACUAGUUACUGGUGUGUCUCGGAGAGCACCGACUCCCCUUUCCUUCUCAAUCCCCUUCCAGGACCAUCAACACAGGAAACCCCUCCAUUAAAGAACACUCCUGGCCGUGACCACCGCCGCUACUACCACGAGUACUGGCGCAGCGAAUACCUCAUGGACUUCGACCCGCAGAGACAAGGCAUGAUCUGCAUGGUGUGUGGAAGUUCACUGGCGACCCUAAAGCUAAGCACCAUCAAGAGGCACAUUAAACAGAAGCAUCCGUAUUCGCUGCUUUGGACCGAGUCGGAUAAGGAUGUGAUCCGGUCGGGAUGGGAGAAUCAUCUGAAUCGGGAGAACAGCCAACAGAGGCCGUUAUGCACCGAUCCAGAUGUUCCUCCAGAGGCAGAGGAGAUUCUGGAUGUGGACAGGCACUCCACAGAUAAGCCUAUUGGUGCCAGCUCUCCAGACCCCCAAGCUCAGGCUGGUCUCAGCAGGGUCUCUCCGUCUCCUCCGGCUCCCUCAGUGCAGGAGCUCAGUCCGGGGCCCACAGCUCAGGUAAUGGAGCGCUACCUGAAUGACUCGCUGCACGCCUGGUUUCGGCAGGAGUUCCUGAUGGAGUACCAGGCGGAGCAGGGCCGUCUCGUGUGCAUGGUGUGCAGCUGCCUGUUGCCUUCUCUGCACCUGGAUCACAUCAAAAGCCACAUGCUGGAGCUGCACCCCAACUCUCUGCUGUACAGCGCUGAGGAAAAACAUGCCAUCCUGCAGACCUGGGCCAAGAUGCACAGUGAAGAAUCCCACCCUUUACAACCGCAAAUCAAGUUGGAACAACAUACCAAAGAAAUAAACUUGGACGGUGCGGCAUCAUUUUUCCCUCCAAUCAUGGAUCCUGUUCAGGGAAACUUGGAGAGUUACACAAGAGGAGACGAGAAUCCAUCAGACACUGUUCAGAGAUCCCAAUCUUUACCUUAUUACCCCCGAAAGAGAAGGCUGAAGUACGGCAGCCCCUGGCGCCUCCGACUGGAUUAUUUAGUGGCAUACGGCCCUCCAGAAAACCCCCUUUGCUACUGUAUGGUGUGCUCUGAACACCUGCCUGUGCCGAGGGUCACAAACUUCCGCAAACACAUUCAGGAGUGUCAUCCGGAGACCAGCAGCCUGAGCCGGAGCGAGAGAGAUGCUGUGGUCAAUGCCUGGAUGAAGGAGGAGAACAUCGACAGAGCCACACCAAAAGAGGAUGUAGAUCCACAAAGUGUCCCUGUCACCACAGAACCACAAGCAUCGCCUGUGAAAUCCAUAGAGCAAGGUGGAGAAGCAGAAGACAACAGCACACAAAUCACACUACAAACACAGACAGCAGGGCGGCACAGACACUACCCGGGGAAAGACCAGCGACGCAACUACCAGCCACGAUGGAAGAUGGACUUCUUGAUGGACUACGACUGCAGGAAACACGGAUUGAUUUGCAUGGUGUGCGGCGCAACGCUCGCUACGCUAAAGGUUAGCACUAUCAAGAGACACAUCCUACAAGUUCACCCUCACUCGCUGGACUACAGCCCCGAGGAGAGGCAGCUCGUCCUGCUCUGCUACAACCAGAUCUCUGCGCACUUUCAUUCGGACGACUGCUUUUCCGGUUCAAACCAUGGCCAUAAAGAGAACGCUAACGGUAACAAUUACGUUCAAGGCGAAUGCACUUCGAGCCAGAGCACUUAAUUGAAAAACAAGAGGAUGUGUUUUUGACAUCCUGUUUUAUUUUUGGCUUUCGUUCACUCAGGAAGAAAAGCGGGGUAAAAAAAUUUAACUUUUUUUUGAAGGAUUGUUGGAGAGUAAUUGUACUAUUCGACUCCAACAAAGUGAGAAAAACAUAAUAAAUUAAUAUUAAAAAUAAUAUUUAUAAAUUAAGUUGUUUUUAAAGGGAUAGUUUAUCCUUUCAUUUUUAGUUUACCCACCUUCAAGCAAUACAAGAUGUUGGUGAUUUUUCUUUGUUUCACUAGAUCAUUAGAGAAGUUUUUGUUAUGACAUUGUGGUUCACAGUAAUUAAAAACAUGCAAGUUACCCAGCAAACAAAUUUUUUUAAUAGACGUCUAAUAUACAUCUAAAUGUUGACAGCUAUUAAAGAGAUGGUUCCCCCAAAUAGAAAAUACUGUCAUUAUUUGCUCACCUUUAGCUAGUUCCAAACCGAUUGGGUUUCUUUCCUCUACUAAACACAAAAGAAGAUAUUUUGAAAAAUGCUGGUUUCUGGGACCCAUUGACUUCAGUAGUAAUUUUUUUCCUAAUAUAAAGGUCAAAAGGUGUCAGCAACAUUUUUCAGUAUAUCUUUAUUUGUGUUCAACAGAAGAAAUAAAUUCAAAUAGGGUUGAAACCACAUGAGGGAUACAAUGGGGUAAUGUUUCAAUUUUCUGUGAACUAACCCUUUAAUUAUUUUAAUAAUGUACCGAUAGUAGAUACCCAGCAAGCAUUUUUUUGUUUUUAAAAGUUAAUGUCUAAUAGACAUUAAUCUAAACAUUGUCGUCUCGGCUGAAACAUGGGUAAACUUGGUCUGUCAGUGAAAAUCUAAUUUGAAUCUACGAAUAGGCCAAAAUUAGACUAGUCAUCAAAUAGACAGGUUUUAUAUGUGUAGUCAUU